AUCUUGUGGCGUGCCCAAAGCAUCUGUUACCGGAGGAGUAUUUGCCACUGAUUACUCAGUAAGCACACGGGUCAACUAUUUUUGCAAUGAUGGCUAUCGGCUCUCAUCAAAAGAGCGCUCCACUGCCCACUGCCAACAGGAUGGUACGUGGAGCAAUCAGAACCGUCCACCCAGGUGCAUUGUGAUGACAUGCCCAAGCAUCAGUUCGUUCACUUUGGAACAUGGCAGUUGGCGAGUGUUGAAUGGAUCAAAUUAUGAAUUCAGAACAAAGGUUGUCUUCACCUGCAACCCUGGCUACUAUCGACUUGGGCCGACUGCUAUCACAUGCUUGGCCAAUGGAACUUGGAGCUGGGAAAGAGCAAGACCACGCUGUCUGAUUAUCUCUUGUGGAGAAUUAGGACACCCUCCGAAUGGCAAAAAAAUAGGAACUCAAACCACAUUUGGAGCUACUGCCAUCAUAACCUGUGACGUAGGCUACAUAUUAGUUGGGUCGACAGUCAGGGAAUGCUUGGCAUCUGGUCUUUGGAGUGGAUCUGAAACAAAGUGUUUAGCUGGCCACUGUGGAGUUCCGGAUCCAAUAGUCAAUGGCCAAGUGGUUGGAGAGAAUUAUGGCUACAAAGAUACAGUGGUUUACCAAUGUAAUCCAGGGUUUCGUCUAAUUGGUUCAUCGGUACGAAUAUGCCAGCAGGAUCACAACUGGUCUGGCCAGCUCCCAAUUUGUGUGCCAAUCAGUUGUGGUCAUCCUGGAAGUUCAAUUCAUGGGAAAACCGGCGGAAAUGUUUUCAACCUCAAUGAUGUUGUAACAUUUUCUUGCAACACUGGAUAUGUGAUGGAUGGGUCAGCCAGAUCUCAGUGUCAGACGAACAGGCAAUGGAGCUGGCCGAUACCCACAUGUAGAGUGGUGAACUGCUCUGAUCCUGGAAUUCCUGCAAAUUCCAUUCGGGAAAGUAAGAUAGAACAUGGAAAUUUCACCUUUGGCUCCUUGGUAUUUUAUGACUGUAACCCUGGAUAUUUCUUGUUUGGAUCUUCUGUGCUGACGUGUCAGUCCAAUGGGUACUGGGAUAAGCCCUUACCUGAAUGUUCUAUGGUUGAUUGUGGACAUCCUGGUAUUCCACCAAAUGCAAUUUUGACUGGAGAUAAAUACACAUUCGGAGCAACUAUUCACUACUCUUGUGUUGGGAAAAGGCUGCUUAUUGGGUCAUCAUUGCGUACCUGCCAGAAGAAUGGAGAUUGGAGUGGCUCCAUGCCUCACUGUUCUGGGGAUACUGUCGGAACUUGUGGUGACCCUGGCAUUCCAGCACAUGGGUCAAGAGAGAAGAGCGAAUUCAGGGUUAAAGGCAUUGUGCGCAUUUCUUGUCUAACGGGAUAUGUUUUAAAUGGCUCCCCUGAACGAAUUUGCCUUUCCAACGGCUCCUGGUCUGGCAAGCAGCCAGAGUGUAAAGCUGUCAAAUGUGGAAACCCUGGGGCACCGGCUAAUGGCAAAGUGUUUUGGAUUGAUGGAACCUCAUACUCCAACUCUGUGACGUACUCAUGCCUGGAAGGAUAUGUACUCUCUGGAUCUGCAACAAGGCAGUGCACAGUUAAUGGUACAUGGUCAGACAAUAUACCUAACUGCACAAUCAUUACCUGUGGAGAUCCUGGAAUGCCGGCAAAUGGCAUGAGAUUGGGGGAUGUUUUUACAGUCGGACAAAAUGUCACCCAGAUUUGCCAACCAGGAUACACAAUACAGGAUGUGCAGACUUCCGCGAUUCGUUCCUGCCUCAGCAAUGGCACAUGGAGUGGCUCAAUGCCACUAUGUAAAGCUGUGAAGUGUUCAACUCCACCGCAGAUUUCAAAUGGGAGGAUGGAAGGAACACAUUUUGAUUGGGGAUCAAGCAUUAGCUACAGCUGCUCUCCAGGAUAUGAACUGUCCUUUCCUGCAAUUCUCAGCUGUGUGGGAAAUGGAACGUGGACAGGAGAUGUUCCUCAGUGUUUGCCCAAGUUUUGUGGAGACCCUGGGGUGCCGGCACGAGGACGGAGAGAGGGAAAGAGCUUCAUCUACCAGUCAGAAGUUUCAUUUAACUGCAACACCCCUUUGGCCUUAGUGGGCUCAAGCACGAGGAUCUGCCAGACUGAUGGGACGUGGAGUGGGUCUCAACCUCGCUGUAUAGAACCUUCACAUACAACAUGUGAAAAUCCAGGAAUGCCACUGCAUGGAACACAAAAUAAUACAUUUGGUUACAUGGUGGGAAGUGUAAUCCAAUUUCACUGCAAGAAAGGACAUUUAUUACAAGGAUCUACUACUCGAAUUUGUCUUUCUGAUCUCACCUGGAGUGGAAUUCAACCUGAAUGCAUACCACACAACUGCAAGCAGCCCCAGACUCCUGCUCACACCAAUGUGGUGGGGAUGGAACUCCCUUCUCUGGGUUAUGUUCUCUUGUACACCUGUCAGCCUGGAUUCUUUUUAGCUGGAGGGUCAGAACACAGAGGAUGCAUAUCUGAUGGAACUUGGACCGGGAAGCCACCAAUCUGUCAAGCUGGUUCAAAGAAAUCAGGGAAAAGCAACAGACCUUCAAUUGGAACCCCCAGCCCCAAACUAAAUGUUCCAGAUGAUGUUUUUGCUCCGUAUUACAUUUGGAAAGGAUCUUAUAACUACAAAGGAAAGAAGCAGCCCAUGACAUUGACAGUCACGAGUUAUAACACUUCAUCGAGCAGAGUUAACGCCACUCUCACAAACAGUAAUAUGGAGCUACAACUUUCAGGUGUCUACAAAAGUCAAGAAGCACGUCUUAUGCUUCUCAUGUACCAUGUGAUAGCACCUGACCAAACUUCUAUCAGUAAGAUCAAAGAACAAUGGGCCAUGGAUGAUAUUGGUCAACACUGA